AUGCUUGAUUUUGAUUCGUCACUUGAGACAUUUGCAGAUCAGUUUGCUGUUGUUGGACCUGUAGAUCCUCUCCUCGCUGUAUCAGGUGAAGAUGUGAUUCUGCCCUGUUCUCUCAAACCCAACAUCAGUGCUGUAAACAUGAGAGUCGAGUGGUUUAGACUUGAUCUCAAAGACUCAGUAGUUCAUCUCUAUGAAGAUCAUGAAGACAAAAACACAAAUCAGCUUCAGUCGUACAGAGGAAGAACUGAAGUGUUUAAAGAUGAACUACAGAAAGGAAACACAUCACUCAAACUCUCAAGAGUUCAGAUCUCUGAUGAAGGACUUUAUAAGUGUUUUAUUCAGUCCAAAACCAGGAGUGAUGACAUCACUGUUGAUCUCAAUGUUGAAGCUGUAGGAAGUCCUCCACUCAUCACUGUAGAUGGAUUUGAUGUUUCUGGUGGACUUCAUCUUCAGUGUGAAUCUAAAGGUUGGUACCCUGAACCUGAACUUGUGUGGCUGGACAGUGAAGGAGUCACUUUGACAUCUGGAACUACAGACGCACAGAGAGAGACAGAUGGAUUCAGAGUGAAACACAUGAUCACUGUAUAUAACAGAGACAGUAAAUAUCACUGUAGAGUCAAACUGAGACAUCACAUGAAGGAGACUGAGAUUAUUAUAUCAAGUAAAAUGUUUAACUCUUGGAGGAUAUUAAUGAUCUUGAUUUCUGUUGGAUCUGUGCUCGGUGUGAUUGCUGGAUUACUGAUCGUUGUGUUCAUCUAUAAAUACAAAGGACUACAGAAAAAGAAUCAGAUACUAAAGAAUGAAGGUCAGAGACUAAAGAGUGAAGAUCAAAGAGUAAAGAAUGAAGAGAGGAAAAUAAAAAAUGAACGUCAGACAUUUUCACUAAGAGAGAAGGGGACUGUUGAAAGUGUGAAAUCACUGUUAAGAAAAUAUGCAGUGAAUGUGUCUCUGGAUCCUGAUUCAGCUCAUCCAGAUCUCAUUGUGUCUGACGAUGGGAAACAAGUGAGAUAUGAACAACAAUCAGGAGCAGUGAAGGAUGGAGAUCAGAAGUCAAAUAACAAGUUUAAGGAAGAGCUCUGUGUUCUUGGAAAUGAAGGAUUCACCUCAGGGUGUUUUUACUAUGAGGUGGAGGUGAAGGGGUUAAGUAGGUGGUUUGUGGGUGUGGCCAGAGAAUCUGUUCAGAGGAAGGGGGCGAUCCUGCUGAAUCCUGGGAAUGGAUACUGGGUGGCUGGUUUGAGAGUAGGAGAGUAUCAGGCUAGUGAGGGUUUAUCAUCUGUCUCUCUUUCCUUGAGUGUGGAGCCUCAGAGAGUCGGGGUGUUUGUGGAUUAUGAGGAGGGUCGAGUCUCUUUUUAUGAUGUGGAGUCUAUGUGCCAUAUCUACUCUUUUACUGAUCAAUCUUUUAAUGAGAAACUUCAUCCUGUUGUUUCUUUAGGUUAUGAAACAUCUGGAAACUCUGCACCAUUUAUCAUUUGUUCGAUCUAAAAAUAUAAAUCCCCUCCUUAAGUUAUUUUUGUAACUUAUUUUUGUAAGGGAUGUUUGUGUCAUUUUCAGAAACAUAUGAUAAAGAAGGUAGUUUUUUUGUCCCCUAAGAUAAAUUAGUUUUGUGCAUACAUGUGAUGCUGUAUAAGAAUCAAACACAUCAAUAACCAGUGUUGGGGAAGUUACUUUAAAAAAGUAGUGUUUGCUCGUUACUCGUUACUUUUUAAAAAGUAAUCCAUUACUUUACUUAGUUAACACCUUUGGAAAGUAACUUUUUACGUUACUCGUUACUUUUACGUUACUUUUAUGUUGCCUGACAUUGGGCAGAACCCAAUAUCUGUUUCUAAAUGUCUAGGCCUAAAUAAAGUUAUACUAUGGAGGACAUAACAGGUAUUUCUUUUGUGCUCUUUAUUAUAAAAAAGUAUCAAUAAGUUCCUUAGGAACAACAUGGUAACCUCAAAAUGAGUCAUAUGUCUCAAAAUAAAUUUAUCUGAAAGUCUGUUUCUUCUGGGGGUAAGCACAAGACCUAUCAGGCUGAACAGCCUUUCCACUAGUGCACUGGAUGGUGCAGGGCCGGCCCUGGCCAA